AUGGGAAAAAAGAAGAAACCUGAUGGUGACUCAGUUCUUGGUGAGACGGACUCGAGCGAUACUGUGCCAAGUUCGAAUGCUGUUCCUUCGGCUAAUUUAUGCGGCGCAAGGACAGAGGAAUAUGAUGUUUGGCUAGUCAGGAAGCCGACAAAGGUUCCAUUGAGUGAUUUGUCAUCGAUUAAAUUUCCUCACAAGGCAAAGAAUCGCAUAAGGCUUGCAAUUCCAUCUCGAUCCGAUGCGGUACCACUGAACUGUCAUUUCCAUCAUCUUACUCUACCCUAUGUUUAUAUUCCAAUUGCUGGUAUUAGAACUCAGAAGGAUGCUAUGUCCCUUAAAGCCACAAAUUUGAUGAAAGGAAUUGUGAUAGUGAACGAGAAACUUGAUUUGUUAAAUAGUGCUGUAAUUCUCACAAAUGAUGAUGGUAUUACUGUUAAACAAGAACCUGGUACAUUGUUGGAAAAUGGUAUACAUGAUAUGAAGUUCAAGAUUAAAUCAAUUCGCAAAAAGCCACAGUUACCAGAUGACAAUAUAAGGCAACGAUUGAAACCAUUUGGAAUUAUUCCUAAAAAGAAAAAAAAAGUUACAAGCUCGCAAAUUUGA